GAGGUUCCAAACCACCUCUUGAGAAUGGCAAACUGGUUGCUUAACCAUUGGCUCUCAGUUUUGGUUCUGGUUAUUUGGUUGGGGCUGAAUGUUUUCUUGUUUGUGCAUGCCUUCCUGUCAUAUGAGAAGGGGGACAAGUACUACUACACAAGAGAAAUCCUGGGGACGGCAUUGGCCUGGGCCAGAGCUUCUGCUCGCUGCCUGAAUUUUAACAGCAUGCUGAUCCUGUUUCCCAUGUGUCGGAAUCUGCUGUCCUUCCUGAGGGGCACCUGCUCAUUUUGCAGGCGUACUCUGAGAAAGCAACUGGAUCACAACCUCACCUUCCAUAAACUGGUGGCAUAUAUGAUCUGCCUACACACAGCUAUUCACAUCAUUGCACACCUGUUUAACUUUGAACGAUAUGGCAGAAGCCGACAGGCCACAGAUGGAUCCCUUGCUUCUGUUCUCUCCAGCCUAUCUCAUCAGGAAAAAGAGGGGGAUUCUUGGCUAAAUCCCAUGCAGUCCGCAAACAUGACAGUGAUAUAUAUGACAUUCACCAGCAUUCCUGGUUUCACUGGAGUGAUCAUCACAAUAGUUCUGGUUCUCAUGGUGACUUCAUCUAUGGAGUUUAUCCGGAGGAGUUAUUUUGAGGUCUUCUGGUAUACACAUCAUAUUUUUAUCAUUUACUUCAUCGGCUUAGGAAUUCACGGCAUUGGUGGAAUUGUCCGGGGUCAAACAGAAGAAAGCAUAAAGGAGAGUCAUCCUCAUAGAUGUGCAGAGUUUUUCGAGAAGUGGGAUGAUCAUGAUUUCCCUUGCAAGAGUCCCCAAUUUGAAGGGAACUCCGCUGAGUCUUGGAAGUGGAUCCUUGCACCAGGUGUUCUUUAUAUCUUUGAAAGGAUCCUCCGAUUUUAUCGCUCCCAGCAACAGGUUAUGAUUACCAAGGUUGUCAUGCACCCAUCCAAAGUUUUGGAAUUGCAGAUGAUCAAGCGUGGCUUCAGCAUGGAAGUGGGACAGUAUAUUUUUGUUAACUGCCCCUCAAUCUCCUACCUGGAGUGGCAUCCCUUUACUCUGACCUCUGCUCCGGAGGAAGACUUCUUCUCCAUUCAUAUCCGAGCAGCAGGGGACUGGACAGAAAAUCUCAUAAAGGCUUUUGAACAACAGCACUCACCAAUUCCCAGGAUUGAGGUGGAUGGUCCCUUUGGCACUGUCAGUGAGGAUGUUUUUCAGUAUGAAGUGGCUAUGUUGAUUGGAGCAGGAAUUGGGGUCACCCCCUUUGCUUCCAUUUUGAAGUCCAUCUGGUACAAAUUCCGGCAUGCAGAUCACAACCUCAAAACACAAACGAUAUAUUUCUACUGGAUCUGCAGGGAGACAGGUGCCUUUGCCUGGUUCAAUGACCUAUUGGCUUCCCUGGAACAGGAGAUGGAGGAAUUAGGCAAAGUUGGGUUUCUAAACUUCCGUCUCUUCCUCACCGGAUGGGACAGCAACAUUGCUGGUCAUGCAGCAUUAAACUUUGACAAAGCCACAGACAUCUUGACAGGUCUGAAACACAAAACUUUCUUUGGGAGACCUAUGUGGGAUAAAGAGUUUUCUACAAUAGCUACCAUCCACCCCAAGUCUGUGGUGGGAGUCUUUUUAUGUGGUCCUCAGGCUUUGGAAAAGUGCCUGCGUAAAUGUUGUCACCAAUACUCCAGUCUGGAUCCUAGGAAGGCUCAAUUCUACUUCAACAAAGAAAAUUUCUGA